UCAUGAGGAAUCUUUCAUUCUUACUGUAUUUUCUUUUUCUAUUAAUUACGUAAAUAAUUGAAAUUUUAAUAUCAGUUCUUAGAUUUACCACACUAGCAAUGGUAAGAGACUAAAAGCUGGGUUUUCUUUAUUUUUAUUUUUUGCAAAAAUGAGCAACAAGAAGGAAGUAUCCACAGACGAACAGGUGCCGGGCCAAUUAAGGAAAUGGGCCGGGUUGAACCCGGAGAUACUUGCAUUGAUAUUUGUAAGGAUUGACCCGGUAGAUGAAAUGGUAAGGAGUGUGCCAUUUGUAUGUAAAAGUUGGAUGGAAGUUGUGGGUGGGCCUUAUUGCUGGUCCAAAGUGGAUGUUCAAGCGUGGUGUCGACGGCGUAACGACAGCGAUGCGGUUGACUUGGUGGUCAAGAAGCUGGUUCGACGUAGCAAGUGUUCGGUUCAACGUUUGUCUACUUACCGCAUUGGUGAAUCGGGUUUCUUCUUUAUUGCUCAUUGUGGAAGAUUUCUAAAAGAGCUUGAAAUCCCAAUGAGUGGAAUUACUGACCAAAUGGUAUCAAAGCAUAUAAAGCCUUUGCCAAAUCUUACACUCUUGGACAUCAGCUAUUGCUAUAACAUUACAAGCAAAGGCAUUGCAGCAUUUGGUAACCAAUGCCAUUCUUUGGUUCACCUAAAAAGAAACAUGCCUCCGAUUGAAGAUAAUCUGCCUUUCGAUGAUUCUGAAGCCAUAACGAUUGCUAGCACCAUGCCACAUCUUCAGCAUAUCGAACUUUGCUGUGGUCAGUUUGGUGAUUCGGGCCUUUUUGAAAUGCUUCACAAAUGCAAGUCACUUACUCAUCUUGACAUUCUUAAAUGUUGGAAUGUGGAGUUGAAUGGUGAUCUUGCAGAGAUUUGUGAAAGGCUACAACAUUUUCAGAGCCCAUGGGAUGAGUUCUCUGAUGACACUGAAAAUAGUGAAGCCGCUGAAAAUGAUAUUGAUGAAUCAGAUUGAUGUCGUCUCUUGGACAGUUGAUACGCCAAGAGGAAAAUUACUCUUUACAUUCUGGUUGGUUUCAUCUUCUUUAUAUCGUUUUCUUAUUUUUGAUGUAUGCAAAUACAUACAAAUAUAUCAUAUUUGGUGGAUGAUGGCUCAUUGGCUUGUAUUGAAAUGAUAUCUUCUUUUAACUAGAAUAUAUAUGUGCAUACAUAUAUACUUUUGUGUUAUCUGACUAUAGACCCUGCAAUUGUAAACCAAUUUCAUUGUAAUGAUUUGGAUGAAUGUAUG